AUGAACGGAUGUUUGAAUGACACCGAAAGAAUGCUUCAUCUAAUUAUCAAGGAAUCAAAUGGCGAAUUUGAUGCGAAAAAAAUUCUUGGUAAUUUAAUGAUGGAUAUUACGGCGAAAUGCUUUUUUGGCAUCGAUAUUAACGCUCAGUUCAGUGAAAACUCUGAUUUCAUAAAAUAUGCCAAACGCGUAUUAUCAUUUACUUUCCAAGAUUAUCGCUUUAUAUUUAUAAGUAAACUAUUGUUAAGUGUUCAGUAUUUGUAUCGCGGUGCUGUGUUUUCAGCUAUGUUUCCAAAUUUAGCGCGGAUUAUUGAGAAUAUAAGCGGAUAUGAGUUCUUCGAUGGUGAGUGCAACGAGUUCUUCAAAAAUAUCAUAGAAAAGGCAAUCGAGACCAAGCGUGCAGAACCAUCGGAAAAUAUGACAUGUUGGCAAGUAUACUGGAUUGCUUUGACAAAAAAGUGGCAAAUAUCGAUGAAAUGUUCGACAAAAGAAGAACUGGAAGGGCUAAUAAUUUCACAACUAUUCGUUUUUAUUAUAGCAGCUUUUGAUCCGACGUCUUCAACUUUACUUUACUGCCUCUACAAUUUAGCGAUGCAUCCUGCAAUUCAGCUCCAAGCCUAUAAGGAAAUUGUAAAUAUAAUUGGCGGAAAGGAAGUAAUUGAAUACGAUGAUUUAUCGUCUAUGAAUUAUUUGAAUCAAGUUAUUAAUGAGACACUCAGAAUGUAUCCACAAGCACCAAGAUUAUUACGAGAAUGCAAUAAAGAUAUUGAAAUUGGCGGGAUCUAUUUUGAAAAAGGUUCAGCACUAUUGGUACCCAUCUUCGCCAUACAUUACAACAAUGAUUAUUAUCCGGAUCCAGAAAAGUUCGAUCCCGAGAGAUUUUCUCCUGAAAAUAUAGUUCACCGAGAUCCUUUAGCAUGGUUGCCUUUCGGUUUUGGCCCACGAAUUUGUAUUGGUCAACGGUUGGCCACUACAACAACUCGCCUUAUUUUAGCACGUUUAUUAAGAGAUUUCCAUUUCAUACCAUGCGAUAAGACGCCGCGAUUACCACUUCGAAUAAACACAGCUGGAUUUACCACGCCGGUGAAUCCGAUUAUCCUAUCAGUGGAAAGACGAUAA